AUGAUUCCGAUCACCUGUAACGCUGUAGGCGACAUUCUCGCUUUAGCGACCCUCUUCCUCGAUAUUGCCCGAGCUCUAGACGAGUCCCGCGGCUCUCCCGCCAAAUGGCGUGCCCUCAACUCGGAACUGAAGUCCUUGCAUAUUGUUCUGGCAUCUGUGGCUCGCGUUGCCGAGAAUACCACGGAUACGCUUCUCCGCGGCGAGAUCGUGCGCGAGGUCAAUCGGUGUGGUGAUGAUGUGCGCCGCGCGCUCGAACGCGCGGCCGAGUUUUCUGUACUCGGGCGCGAUGAGUCUCCGGAUGAUGUUUGUAGCAUUAGAAUGAAGCGCCAGUGGUACAAACUCAAGUGGCGCUUUGGGUAUCACGGGAGCGCCGAGAGCAUCCGUGAAGAGCUUGCGGCGGCGAUCCAGCGGCUGACGGCCUACCUGGUCGUGUCCAAUGCGGAUAAGAUACACAGCUUGGGCGCGUCAAUCACGGAACAGUUCACUGCCACAUCCGCUCAGAUCUGUACCUUGCUUCUGCAGCAGUUCGAGAUCGUCGCAAUGCGCGACGCUGAGCGCUCACGGACCGUGAACGGACAUAUAGAAUCGCGACGAGAUCGUCAGCUCUCUGCGGAAAGUACUCGAGCGUCUUCCGGAUCUUCCGGGGACGUCUUUUAUGGUUUGGACAGUAGCAAGGCUGCUGCCGCUGCUCUUCUCUGCCUCGCUAUAUGCACCAUGCACGAUACUUCGCGUGCCUUUCACUCUGCGCUGCUUCUGGCUGCUUUUGCUAUCGUGAUGAAGGGCAUGGCGCGAGACUCGUUCACCGUCUCAUUAGAUGUAAGAUACGGGAAGUCUAACUCGGUCCUUCUGGACGAUGCGAUGGGCCGCCAACUGGUGUUGCCGAUUGAGCUUUGUGAAACUCCCCAGCUUUUGCAUGCGACCCUUGUCAACCUAUUCUCUCCAACGUCGGGCUCUUGGUUCAUAAAUUCGCGCAACUACGCGGUCCAAGUCAUCACCCGUGAAGGGGACCAUCGAGAGUUCAUUGAUGGACCACAGGGCAUUCCGGGGGCCAAUUGGGAGUUUUUUGGCACGGCUGUUAGCGUCACUGCGAGGCGCCAACAUUUGGACUGGUAUAGCCAGGUCCAUCCCUUCACGCGCAUAACCUUGAAGCUCCGCUCCGCGACCCACUUUCCUGGCGACCGUCGUGAAUACCAUAAUGACCUCCACCUGGCCGCUCUGAACGGCCACUAUGAAAUGGUCAACGGACUGCUUGCAGGAGGCUUAGAUGUCAACGUUGCUGACCCGUCGGGUCGCACCGCGCUUCACGCUGCCUCCGUGGGCGGUCACCUCUCCGUCGUUCUAUUGCUGCUCGACUAUGGCGCGAUUAUCAAUAUAGCAGAAGAUUCAAUGACGCCCCUCGCAUGCGCCUUGCAAUGCGAUAACUUUGAUGUCGCGGAACUGCUCGUCUCCCGAGAUGCUCUCUCUAGUCUUUCGAUGGCUUCAAAGACUACUCUGCUAUAUUUCGCAGCGCGAUCUGGUCAUAUCCAGAUGGCCCGGAUUCUUCUUUCACUCGGCACAGAUGUUAACUGUCGUUUAGAUAUUGCCAAAGGCCACACGGCACUGCACGCCGCGUGCGAUGCAGACGGGUUUGGGGCCUAUAGGAGACAAAUCAUCAGAUUGCUCUUGCAAAACGGUGCCGACGUGUUUGCCCGGUCUGAGAACGGCGACACUCCACUCUCAAUUGUUGCAUGCAAGCCAAGCAAGCUGUUUCAGCUUCUCGUCCCACCAGAACACGAGAACGAGGUGACGCUCAAUUGGUCCGCGUGGUGGCCUAGAGAAGGACUUGAUCUACUCUGGAGAGCCGUUGACUUCGGCAACUGCAAGCUCAUCGCAUCACUUCUACAGACUGGGAUUGACAUCAACUCGCGCCUACGAGGCGGUGAUACUCCGCUGUCAUUGACACUCCGGUUCCCUGAGCGAUACGAGAUUGUGAAGCUCUUGCUCGAGCGAGGCGCUGACGUCAAUGCUCCUACUCCGGACGAUAGUACACCUCUUUGUAUAGCACUCACAACUGCUAAACAUUAUCGCAAAUCCCCCUCCCGGCCCGCCAACGGAUACUACCCUUUGUCCGAGGAAUACGACCCAAGAACAGCGGAGCUUCUUCUGGCCUGGGGUGCCAUACCAGACGAGAAGUCGUCUAUACUGAUGCGGGCGAACGCGACUUGGUAUGACAGGCCGUGGGACAACCUAUAUGACGCGAGUAUGCCGGGUGCAUGGCGCGAGGACCAGUGA